AUGAUAGCAGAAACCAUCGCCAGCACCCUCGUGGGGCUCGCCAAGAGGGAUGAAGAAGACCCCGCCGGCGAUGACCCCCCCAAGGAGGAGAAGGAUGCGUCGUGGGCCAUAUUCAUCCUGAUUAUGCUGCUCAUCGUGGCCUUCUGCACCAGUUACACCAUGCAGCAGCGCAAGAUCACCGCGAUCCACGAAACCGUCGUCUCCAUCUUUGGCGGCAUGACCGUUGGCCUGAUCCUGCGCGUUUCCGGCUUCGACUCGAUCCGCGACCUGGUCAACUUCAACUACCAGUACUUUUUCAACCUGCUGCUCCCCCCCAUCAUUCUCUCGUCCGGCUAUGAACUCCACCAGGCCAACUUCUUCCGCAACAUCGGCACCAUUCUGACGUUCGCAUUUGCCGGUACCUUCAUCUCGGCCGUCGUGAUUGGCGUGCUGCUGUUCCUUUACACCUCCAUCUCGCUCGAGGGCCUCGAUGUGUCGUGGAUCGACGCCAUCUCCGUCGGGGCCACGCUGUCCGCCACCGACCCCGUGACCAUCCUCGCCAUCUUCAACACCUUCAAGGUCGAUCCGAAGCUGUACACCAUCAUCUUUGGCGAGUCUAUCCUGAACGACGCCGUUGCCAUCGUCAUCUUCGAGUCCGCCCAGAGCGCCGGCAAACAGGGGGGCGGCAUCGGUAUCUGGAGCGCCCUCCAUGGGAUUUGGUACUUUUUGUCCCAGUUCUUUGGCAGCUUGGCUAUCGGUGCGCUGAUCGGCGUCCUUACCGCGCUGGGGUUGAAAUACACUUACGUCAGGCGGUAUCCCCAUAUCGAAAGUUCCCUGGUGGUCUUGAUCGCAUAUGCAACAUACUUCUUCGCCCAAGCCAUCGGCAUGUCCGGCAUUGUCGCUCUCCUCUUCUGCGGGAUCACGCUCAAGCACUACGCCUACUUUAACAUGUCCCGCCGCACCCAACUCACCACCAAGUACUUUUUCCAAGUCACAGCCCAGCUGUCGGAAAACUUCAUCUUCAUCUACCUCGGCCUCGCUAUGUUUACGGAGAAGAACCUCGUCUACCAGCCCCUGCUCAUCAUUGUCACCGUUCUCGCUGUCUGUGUCGCCCGCUGGCUUGCCGUCUUCCCCCUUUCCAAGGCCAUCAACUGGUUUAUCCGCUACCGUGCUCGUCGCCAGGGCCGCGAGGUGGCCGACGAGCUGCCCUACAGCUACCAAGCUAUGCUCUUCUGGGCCGGCCUUCGCGGUGCCGUCGGUGUCGCCUUGUCCGCAUCUUUCACCGCCAAGGAAACUCAGGCCCUUCAAGCCACGGUGCUAGUCGUCGUCGUGCUGACCGUCAUCAUCUUCGGCGGGACCACGGCCCGCAUGCUCGAGAUCCUAGGCAUCCGCACCGGCGUGACCGAAGAAAUCGACUCGGACGACGAGUUCGACAUCGAAGCCGUCGGCGGCGGCCUCUACAAACGCUCCGACACCGGCAUCGGAUUCAACCACCGCGCCCGCAAUCGAGGUUCUGCCCUCCCUCUCAACACCGUCGGUGGCGGCGACUCCAGCAACCGUGCCAGCAACGGCAGCGGCUGGGCCUCCGGCUCCCGAUCCCCCAACACGGCCCCGCUCUCCCGUCAAGGCAGCCACAGUCGCAGCCGCGCCAAGAGCCAGAAAGGCCUCGGCAGCCUCAACAACGAGUACGAGCGUUCCGAGCUCCUCGGCACCAACACUGCCGCUUCCUCUCCCGGCAUCGGCCGCAGCGGUGGUGGCCGCAGCGACACCGACUCCGACUUCGGCAGCGACAUCGACAUCUCCGAUCUACCCCCUCCCGCGCCCGCGCCCAUCUCCCGCGCUCGUUCACCCAUGCUCAAACCCGCGAGUGCCGCGGGGUCUUCGCAGCACGACAAUAGCGCUGCGAGCCCUGCUGCUGGUAGUGGCGGUGAAGGCGCGAGUGGAAGUGGGAGUGGGACACAAACGGACUCGUCACAUCAACAACCGUUGACGGCGACGGCGGCGAUCCGGCAGUUGUUUAGCACUGAGGACCCGACGGCGUUGUUUAGACAGCUGGAUGAGGAUUAUAUCAAGCCGCAUUUGUUGCUGGAUGGGGGGAAUGGGAGAGGAGGAGGAGCGGGAGGAGGAGGGGGGCAUUAA